GGAAAUUUAUACCAGACUUUUAAUAGGAUUGUAUUAACCGUCAAAAGUGGUGACAGUCUUCGAAGGAAUGUUACAUAUACAGGAAUAUAACAGAAUCCUUCAAUUAUAAGGGAUCCAUAGAAGAAAGGGACCUUGAAGUGUAUAAACAGCAAUAAACCUUGUGUCCACGAUAAAGAGGAUUUAAGUACAGGCACGUGUCUAUACAGUUGAACUUUUUAUUUAUAUGAAAGAGGACGGUCAGUUAAUUUAAACUUUUAUUAAGAAUGUGAAUAUAAAUUGAAUGUGGUCAAGAUACUAAGAAAAUCUACCAUGUUUGUCAUGUUUAUGGAGGAAAUUUAUGAAGAGGACCUAUUACAUCUAUUGAACAGUUGAAUUCACAUUAAAAUUUAGAAUAAUUUCCAUCAGUGAAGACCUGAGCCGUGUGUCAAUCAGUUUAUAAUGGAGAAAGAGAAUACACAAAUGUCUGCAUUGACCACCAAUGAUGUCAUCAUGGACACAGAAAAAGUGGUUAACCCUAAUGGUGUGUCGGUGUCAAAUGGACAUGCCGAAAAUGGAGUUCUACAGAAGGAAAUUCUCGAACCAGGGAAAGGUCAGACCAAAGUUACCAUUAAUCCUGAAGUAGAGGUCAAGAAAGUGAAAAAAGGCAGACAGAAGGAGAAAAUACAACAUAUAGGAUUCUUUCAGCUGUUCCGUUAUGGCAGUGCCUGCGACAAGUUUAUCCUGGUCAUCGGGAUUCUGUGUGCCAUGGGCGUUGGUUGUGCCACACCUAUUAACUUUUUCGUCUAUGGAGAGCUCGCUAACACUUUUAUUCUGUAUGAUGUUGCCAGUAAAAUAAACUUCAGUGAUACGAACCAGACACUGUUAUUUAACCGCGAGGAACUACAGAAUAGCCUGAAUAUUCUAGACAUUGCCAAGGAGUAUGCUCUGUAUUUCUGCCUUAUUGCCAUUGGUGCCUUUGUUCUAGGCUACGCCAGCAUCUUUUGUUUCACGUUGUCGGCAGAGAGACAGAUCCAAGUCAUUCGAAAGUUUUUUUUCCGCUCCAUCAUGCGACAGGACAUGGAGUGGUUUGAUACACACGAGAGCAGUGAACUCAGUACUCGGUUUUCAGAGGACAUGCAUCUAAUCUAUGAUGGAAUUGGAGAUAAAGUGGCCACCUUUAUCCAGUGGACCACUACGUUCCUGGUAUCUUUUGUCAUCGCGUUCGUGUCAGGAUGGAAACUCGCUCUGGCCACUGUAGCUCUCUGUCCUUUGGUUAUUGUUGUCGGAGGAAUGUUAACGAAGUGGGUGCGCAACUUGUCUAUGGAGGAAUCACAAGCCUACGCCAGUGCUGGUUCGGUAGCGGAGGAGGUGUUUUCCUCCAUUAGAACCGUCACUGCCUUCAACGGUCAGGAAAAAGAAUGUAAACGGUACAACUUGAACCUUAUGGAUGCCAAAAAUAACUCGGCCAAGAAAGGUUUGGUCCUUGGGCUUACAGUCUGUGCCUUCUGGUUCUUGAUUUAUAGUGCCUUCAGUGUGGCAUUCUACUAUGGUGUCAAACUCAUGCAAGACCCUGAUGAAGGCUUUGAUCCAGGAAAAACUUUAACGGUCUUUCUAGGAGUUAUGAUUGGCUCCAUGUCCUUGGGUCACGCCUUCCCGACCCUGGAGGUCAUUGCCAAUGCUAGAGGUGCAGCCACCAAAGUGUUCUCCAUUAUCGAGCAGAAAUCCAAAAUAAAUUACGAAGUCAAUGACGGCAAGGAAUUGGAAAAAAUGGAGGGAAAUAUAACACUUAAGAACGUACAUUUUCGGUACCCCGCAAGGCCAGAUAUACCAAUUUUACAAGGGGUGAAUUUGGAGGUCAAGAGGGGACAGACAGUGGCUCUGGUGGGGUCCUCAGGCUGUGGGAAAAGUACCAUCAUACAGCUAGUACAGAGAUUCUACGACCCAGAGGAGGGGCAGGUGUAUGUAGAUGGGAAUGAUGUCCGAGACCUGAACGUCAGCUGGCUCCGUCAACAGAUAGGCGUCGUCAGUCAGGAACCCGUUCUGUUCGCUACGACCAUAUCAGAAAAUAUCCGUUAUGGUCGAGUGGGCGUGACACAGGGAGAAAUAGAGCAGGCCGCCAAAGAAGCUAAUGCUGAGACAUUCAUCAAAGAACUUCCACAGGGGUACGAGACCUUGGUGGGGGACCGGGGAGCCCAGCUGAGUGGGGGACAGAAACAGAGGAUUGCUAUAGCCAGGGCCCUGGUCAGGAACCCCAAAAUACUACUGCUAGAUGAAGCCACCUCAGCCCUGGAUAAUGAGAGUGAGGCUGUGGUUCAAAAAGCCCUAGAAAAGGCAGAAGUGGGUAGGACGACCAUAGUGGUAGCUCAUCGUUUGACAACGGUCAGGAACGCCGAUGUUAUAUUCAGUAUGGCUGACGGACAGAUACAGGAGAAGGGCAGUCACGAGGAAUUAAUGGCCAGAAAGGGACUGUAUUACACUCUGGUCAACUUACAGUCUCAAAGUCACGAGGAGGCAGAAGAAGUUGCAUUUGCUUUGGGGGAAAGUUCACCUACAGCUAGUUUGUUUGACAAGCUGGCUUGGGUGAGCACUGAGAGAGUGGUUGAGGAAUUGGAGCAUGAAAUGUUUGAUGAAGCAGAACCAGAUGAGCAUGUUGCUUUGAUGCAGAAGGUCAAAGGUCAGAAUGGUGUGCCGUAUGACAGACAGAUGUCAUCAGUGAGUGGGCACAGUGCCAUUAGUCACCAUGAGGUCACGGAGGGAAAAACUGAAGAGGAGGAGGAGGAAGCAGAAAGUGAUGUACCUCUUGUUCCGAUAGGAAAAAUCAUGAAGAUGAACUCGCCUGAGUGGUUAUAUAUCACAUUAGGCAGUAUAAGUUCUGUGAUAGUGGGGGCUAUCCAGCCAGCAUUUGCUUUCCUGAUGGCUGAGUUCCUGAAAGUAUUUUCAAUGACCGUAGAUGAACAGAAUGAAGUCAUUGGUGUGUUGGUUGGAGUCGUCAUGGGAGUAGCUGUCUUUACCGCAUUACUCAGGCUUACUUUGUCCAUUUGUUUUGUGAAAGCGGGUUCUGAUUUGACGUUGAGGAUGAGGAAACUGGCAUUCAAAUCUAUAGUAUGGCAGGAUAUAAGCUUCUUUGAUAGCCAUGAGAAUCGUGUUGGUGCUCUGACCACGAGGUUAGCCAGCGAUGCUGCUCUUGUUCAAGGGGCCACAGGAACUAAGAUAGGCCAGGUAUUGGAGUCUGUAGCCGUCCUCACCACGGCACUGAUAGUGGCCUUUAUCUACAGCUGGAACCUCACCCUGGUCAUUCUGGCCUUCAUGCCCCUGAUGAUGGGGGUGGGGGUCAUGCAGUCCAAACUGGUGGCAGGCUUUGCCAAGGGGGAUAAAAAGUCUAUGGAAGAAGCUGGAAAGGUGUGUACAGAGGCCAUAGACAACGUGAGAACGGUUGUAUCACUCACAAGGGAGAAAACUUUUGUCGAUGAGUACUCUUCACAUGUUGACAGCAUUUAUAAGUCGGGUGUAAAGCGAGCUGCUCUCUAUGGCCUUGUGUUUGGCACUUCCCAGAGUAUUAUGUACUUCGCGUAUGCGGCAGCGUUCUCCUACGGGGCCUACUUAGUGACUCAGGGACUCCCAUUCCAGGAUGUGUUCAGGGUAUUUGGUGCUAUUAUAUUUGGGGGAAUGCAUGUAGGAAGAACCAGUUCCAGUGCACCGGAUUUCACAAAAGGAAGGCGAGCUGCCACCAGAUUGUUUUCUAUCAUUGAGAGGGUACCAGUCAUUGAUGCUCAAAAAGAAGAGGGAGAAAAACCAGAAUCCUUAACUGGAGCAGUUGAGUUGAAUGAGGUCCACUUUACCUACCCUUCUCGACCUGAUGUGAAAGUUUUAGAGGGCCUAAGUUUGUCUGUAAAACCCGGUGAAACUUUUGCUCUAGUUGGGACAAGUGGUUGUGGGAAAAGCACCACUGUUCAACUUAUAGAACGGUUUUAUGAUCCCAGCAGUGGUUCAGUGAUGGUGGACAAGUUCAACCUGAAGUCGCUGAACCUGAACUGGUUGAGGUCACAGAUAGGAAUCGUUUCCCAGGAACCCAUGUUGUUUGACACCAGUAUUGCUGAGAAUAUAGCAUACGGGGAUAACUCCCGAGAGGUUCCCAUGGAUGAAAUCAUCAGAUCUGCCAGGAAUGCCAACAUCCAUAGCUUCAUUGAAGGUUUACCUCAUGGCUAUGAAACAAAUGUUGGCGAUAAAGGUACACAACUCUCCGGAGGUCAGAAGCAGCGAAUCGCCAUCGCUCGUGCACUUAUCAGAAAUCCUAAAAUAUUACUUCUUGAUGAAGCCACAUCAGCAUUAGACACUGAGAGUGAAAGGAUUGUUCAGGAGGCAUUAGAUAAAGCUAGAGAGGGCCGUACUUGUGUUGUGAUUGCUCAUAGACUGUCUACAAUUCAAAACGCAGAUAAGAUCGCCAUAAUACACAAAGGGCAUGUGGUAGAAUUAGGAAGCCAUUCCGAAUUAUUGACCAAGAAAGGUGUUUACUGGAAACUCUGUCAGCAUAAUGUGAAGAAAAGCUGAAUCAAACAUAGCACUACUUAGAUCUGUUGACAGAAUGUUUCCCUUAGUUAGAUAAGAAAAAAAGAUAAUCCCCCACCCAGUACUGCUACAUGAAGUUCUCAGUUUUCAUGGAGACUGGGGGGGGGGGAGGGGGGGAUUGGAGGGGUUAUUGUGAUAAAUAUAUAUUAUUGGGACCAUAAUAUGUACCAAUAUUUAUUUGACCAGAAGUUUUACCAUAAUAUAUACAAAUAUUUAAUUGUCCAGUUUACUAGCCUUUUCUAAAUAUAAUCUUACAACUAAGACAAAACUUUUCCCCUACCCCAACAUGUAUCUAAGCUGUAGUGGGACAUAAAAAAAAUCUUAUAUCCCUAUUACAUUUAGUUACUUAGUAAAAAUAUUUAAGAAAAAAUAUACAUAUUUAUUUAUAAACAAAAAUUACAGAAAUAUCAAAUUUUCAUCUUAGUCAUAUAAUUAUUUGUGAAAAUGGCCACAGGAAGUUUUCUUUAACAGCUGUUUUUUCAUCAUUAUCAUAAUUUGGAU